AUGAACAAAUAUAGUUUAAUAUUUUUAGAUAAAGAAUCUGAAAGAAAAUAUUAAGAAUAGAAAAUCAAUUAACUCAGAAAACCAGUCUAUGUAUGCAGUGCUAUUGGACUGUUUUUUAUCAGCAUGGUAAAGAUGAUCACAGAAAUAUUGAAUAACGAGUUGAAUCAAUUAAGCAUUUUAGUUGUUACUUAAAUUUAUCUCAUCUUGUCUAUAUUUAUAGUAAAGUGGAAACCUUCAUCAGUAUAAUGCUGUUUGAUGAUAUUAAAUUACUUAUUACUUGCCUACUAGUAUAUGUUAACGAGCACAGUCUCGCAAGAGGCGAUUCCAUUAUUUGCUAAUAAUUUUGUUGCUUGUAACUUUGUUAUCAUUCUGGCUGUUGAUAUGUGUUAAGGGAUAUUCCUGGUAACAACCACAAUGGUAAUACGAUUGGUUUUGGCAAUAUGUGAAACUAAAACUCCAUAAUAUAAUGUAUAUUUUGCAACAAUAUUACUUAUUUUUUUUUUGGGUUUUUAUGUUCAUAAAUUGAAUUACGAAAGUCGCAGCUUUUUUUUAUUGAGUUUGAAGGAUAAUUUAAUGGAAUAAAUUUUGCCGAUUAUUGUAAAUAAGUCAUAUAUUUUAUUUCAAUUCGAGAGCAGCUAAUUAAGAUUUUCAUUAAUUUCAUCACGAUAAUUAGAAUUUAAUUGUGAUAAUUCAGAGAGCUUGAAAUAAUUUUUAAGAGAGUGGCAUUACAAAUAGUAAAAUCUCGAAUAGGUUUGUUUCUAAGACAUUGUACGUAAAUAAUCUUCAGAAAUUAAAUCUUACAGUAAAUAAAUUGAAAUAAAAAAGGGUUGUAAAUAAAAAUAAAUUAUAACAAUCUGUUUCUUUAAUUAUUAAUAGCCAACAUUCCUAAUAAAAUUUGAUAAUAAUUCCUAAGUUUAGGAUAAAUUAAAAAGGUAUGUAUUUAAUACAAUUGAAAAAGAGAGAUUAGUAUAAUUUAAGAUUUUCAAAUGUAUAGUAAAUAAUUUGUCUAUUUCAUUAAAAUCAAAUAAUUUGAAUCAAUUACAUUUGCUAAGGAUUUAUUGUUUCAAAUAAAUUCUCAAUUACAAAAUCCUCAAUCAUUAGUUUAAAUAAUAACACUUUGAAAUAGAACCAAUUUUAUUAAAGCUCAAGGAGUUUUUCCAAUUUAAAUCGAUUAGUUAUCAAAUUAUUCCAUCAUCUGAGGGAAAGGUAUAAAUGGUGAGAACCUACUUUGUGAGACUAAUUUAUGAUAUUUUUAGUGAAUGCAGGAGAGGUUCUUCUAUAGUAAUCAAUUUGGAACACCUUUAAGAACCAUAUAUACGAUAUUAUGGAAAAGAGAUCAAUGAAUUUGCAGAUACUGCUAUUUAAAUAGUAGUUAGAACUUUAGUUAAGAGAAAAUAGAAGUUGAAAAUUGGAAAUAAAACAACGAUUUUAAUUUUAUUGAAUGAAGAACCAAACUACCCAUUCUACUCAUGA